UUCUCGUCCAGCUAGCUUGAUAUUUUUGCUCAUUUUUUUUUUUUGAUAACUAUGGUAUCUGGGCAGCCACAGUCCCAACUAUCCCCCGUAGGGGGUCCAGCGCUCCAGCGGAAGGGAUGUUAAAUCCGCUGUGGCCGGGGCUCGAAGUCGGGCACCUCAGCCGAGGUUCUUUUACCACCAGACCACGAGGCCCGGUUAAAAACUGUUGUGGGUAAACUUUUUAUAUUGACUGACCCCACCCCGAAAGGCCCCGCAUCUAGGAAAACCCCUUAGGAUUUUUUUGGAGAGGUUUCAGUACCACCCCGCCGACAGAGUGUCGAACCCGCGACCUCUGGCAGUCGUGUGUGAGAAUCCCUUCAGUACUGCCGCUAGGCCACCUGAAGUAUCUCAAAACUGUUGUGGGUAAACUUUUUAUAGUGACUGACCCCACCCCGAAAGACCCCGCAUCCAGGAAAACCCCUUAGAAUUUUGUUGGAGAGGUUUCAGUACCACCCCGCCGACAGAGUGUCGAACCCGCGACCUCUGGCAGUCGUGUGUGAGAAUCCCUUCAGUACUGCCGCUAGGCCACCUGAAGUAUCUCCAAGUGAUUGAUUCUUAGUGAAGGGUUGAUCCUUUUGUCAUGUUUGCAUAUAUUUCUCAUUUUUGAAGUCAUGAGGAAUAAACCAAAAAUAAAAAUAAGACCGCUGGCCGUUGAUUUUUCUUGGAAAGGUUGAUGUUUGUUUUCUUCUUAUUAGUAUAAGAGAUUCAUUCUUAUUUUGAAAUUCUAUCAAAAUUAAACUAGUGUAGCAGUUAAAUUAGUUUUUUUUUAUUAAAGCUAGGAAUGUCAUAUUGUCAUAAAAUCUUGACUUUUUUAAAUUAUAAGUAAAAAAGAUAAAACAUUCAUUUACUAUCAAAUCGAAAGACUAUAAUAUAUGCAAUGCAUGGGUCUUAGUAUAUGCAAUAUGCAUGGGUCUCGUAAACAUUAGUUUGAAUCCAAAUAUAAACCUAAGCAAAUUAAGACUUCAUAAUUAACGUCUUCUUUGGUGUAGACAAUUUUUUUUUUGAAAAUUCAUGUAAUUAGUGUAGGGGACCAAUAUGUGUGGAAAUUUGACUAUCCGACACAAAGAUUUUGCCUUCGACGUGAUGAAUAUUGGAUUUAUCUCUGUGGAUAUUUUUUUGUGUGGAAUAAAAACGAAGUCUAUUAUUGCGCUAUAAAGAGAUGGGCAUGGAAGCAUGUUACUCAUCACCAAUUUCCCUUUUCAUUUCAAAGUUAAAUAAGCUUAAAAGAAGAAUGAAAGGCUUUUGGAACAUAACGAGUACCUUUUCUCUUACUCUUUCUAUACUUCUCUUACUCGGCUACAGUUAUGAGGACGUGUCUGCGGUUCCAACUAGGCACUUGUGUCGUCCGGAACAAAGGGAUGCACUUCUCCAAUUCAAGACCGAGUUCGAGGUUCUAAACUCUUCCUUUUCUUCUUAUAAUUGUUAUAUCAAUGAUGAUAUACUAGUGUCUCAUCGGAAGACGGACUCAUGGGCGAAUAACAGCGACUGCUGUAAUUGGGAGGGUAUCACGUGCGAUGCCAAAUCCGGUGAAGUGAUCGAGCUAGACCUUAGUUGCAGCAACCUACGUGGCACGUUUCGUUCCAAUAGCAGUCUGCAAAACCUUCAUUCUCUAACCACCCUAAACCUUUCACUUAAUGAUUUUAGUGGUCAAAUCAUGUCUUCAAUUGGAAACCUUUCUCAUCUCACCUCUCUCGACCUUUCACUAAAUGGUUUCAGCGAGUUCAUUCCUUCUUCGAUAGUAGAUCUUUAUUAUCUCACCUCUAUCGAUCUUUCUCAAAAUCGUUUUUCGGGUCAGAUUCCAUCUGCGAUUGGAAAUCUUUCUCAUCUCACCAAUCUUGAGCUUCGUUCGAAUCAGAUUUCGGGCAAGAUUCCAUCUUCUAUUGGAAAUCUUUAUAACCUCGCUUAUCUUCGCCUUUCUGGGAACAAUAUUGUUGGAGAAAUCCCAUCUUCUUUUGGCAAUCUAAACAAGUUGACCAGCUUAGAUGUUGCUGUAAAUUGGCUCAAUGGAAGCUUUCCCAUUGCACUACUGAAUUUGACAGAGUUGUCAUCUUUGCUACUCUAUUACAAUCAGUUCACAGGAACAAUUCCUCCUAACAUCACUUCGCUAUCCAAAUUGACGACCUUUGAUGCAAGAAACAACGCUUUCACUGGGACCCUGCCUUCUUCCCUCUUAACCCUUCCUUCUAUGGAUAGUGUUGAUUUGUUUGAUAACCAACUCAACGGUAAUCUUGAACUUGGGAAUAUAUCUUCACCAUCUAAGCUACGAGAGUUAGACGUUGGCAGAAACAACUUGAGAGGGCCAAUCCCGGCCACGAUAUCAAAAUUUACAAACCUUGUCCGACUUGACCUUUCCCACUACAAGACACAAGGUCCGAUUGAUUUUAGUAUCUUCUCGCAUCUCAAGAGGCUGGAAGAUCUUGACCUAUCCUAUUUGAACACGACCACUACCAUUGACUUGAAUGAUAUCUUGUCAUAUUUUAAGAGACUCAGUUGGUUGGUUCUCUCAGGCAACCAUGUUUCAGCCACAAACAAGAGUCCAGUCUCAGAUCCCCCUUUGCUGCAUUAUUUGGAAUUGUCAGGCUGCGGUAUCAACGAGUUUCCAGAGUUUGUAAGAAACCAAAAUAUGUCAUUUAUAGACAUUUCCAACAAUAAAAUCAAAGGACAAGUGCCCGGCUGGUUGUGGACGAAGCUACCGAAUCUGUCUUACCUGGAUCUUUCCAACAACAAUUUCACUGGCUUCGAAAAACCAACAACAGUUUUAGUUUCAGGGCUAUAUAGCAUAACCGUGCUUGCCUCAGACAACAAUUUCACGGGAAAGAUUCCUUCUUUCAUAUGUGAUUUGCGCUCUGUAUACAUUCUUGAUUUAUCAAACAACAACUUCAGUGGUUUAAUCCCUCGUUGUCUGGGUAAUCUCAAGCUUUCUCUUUUAUACCUAAACCUUCGUCAGAAUCGUCUUCAUGGAGGUCUUCCGGAGAAUAUAUUUGAAAGCUUAAUAACGCUUGACGUCGGUCAUAACCAACUGACUGGAAAGCUUCCAAGAACUUUGAUUCAUUCCCCUUAUCUUGAAGUUCUGAACGUGGAAAGCAACUUUAUCAAUGAUACGUUUCCGUUGUGGUUGAGUUCUCUACUACAACUAAAAAUUCUUGUGUUACGCUCCAAUGCUUUCCAUGGACCGGUACAUCAAACUUCGUUCCCUGAGUUGCAAAUCAUCGACAUAUCGCACAACCACUUCAAUGGAGCUUUGCCAUCAGACUACUUUGUGAAGUGGAGUGCUAUGUCGUUACUUGGGACUGUUUCUUAUGAUCAGCGGGAUGAUAUGUACAUGGGAUAUUACUAUUACCAUGAUUCAAUGGUGUUGAUGAAUAAAGGUUUAGGGAUGGAAUAUCAACGUAUCCUAAAAACUUUGAGAGCACUCGACUUUUCAGGGAACAAAUUUGAAGGAGAGAUCCCAAGCUCCAUCGGUCUAUUGAAAGAGCUUCUUGUGCUCAGCUUGUCGAACAAUGCUUUCACUGGCCACAUCCCUUCAUCUAUGGGAGACCUGACAGCUCUUGAGUCAUUGGACGUUUCCCAAAACCAGCUUUCAGGAGAAAUUCCCCAAGAGCUAGGGAGCCUCUCAUUCCUUUCAUACAUGAACUUCUCUCAUAACAAGCUUACAGGUCUAGUACCAGGAGGCACUCAGUUUCUAAGGCUGAACUGCACUUCCUUUGACGGUAAUCCGGGACUUUCUGGCCCUUCUCUUGAAGAAAUUUGCAGAGAUAUUCACACGCCAACACCGCAUGAAACGCCCCAUUUAGAGGAAGAAGAAGAGGAAGAGGUGUUGAGUUGGAUAGCAGCUGUCAUAGGAGUCAUACCUGGUUUUGCCUUUGGUUGGGUGAUUGAUCAUAUGAUGAACAAGUAAUAUAGAAUCAAGAGUAAAUGCUCAAAGUUAUGGUUCCAAAUCAACAAUCUGAAACCUCAGAAGCUAAAGUUUCAAUCUAUAAAAGCACAUAAAAAUGAAAACUUUACCAUAUAUUCACAAUCGCUUAGCAGAAACAGAGACCAAGAAAGUUUAUAUCUUUACCUGAAGCAGCAGCUCAACGUUUACCAAGCUUGGAUCUUUCAAGCUCCAUCUGCAUAUCCAUCAGCAUGUUCAUCCGUUGCAACUCAAGCUCCUUCGCAGCUUCCAUCCUCUGCUUCUCCAGCUCAACCAUCAUCCUCUGCUUCGACCCUCUCGUACACCUCCCCCAACUUCAAAAUCGCCCUCGCCAGCUCCCUACACGACGACCCUUCCCCUCCACUCUGAUCCACAUCCUCCACUCUCCGAUGCUUCCUCACCACAAACCCCCAAUCAGAGGAAGAAGAAGAGGAAGAGGAAGAGGAGUUGUAAUAGGAGUCAUACCUGGUUUUGCCUUUGGUUGGGUGAUUGGAUACAUAUUUGUUCAUGAAUCCUUUUGUCCGAAACAAACGCGGACGCAGCAGUACAACAACUCAUUAAAGAGUUAAUAUUCCAGAGUUUUAAAUCAACUUGUUAUUACCAAACAUUGGAAGAAACAAACUUGUGCAAACUGGUACAACGCCUGCUCUCUAGUUGUGUUAUUCUUCAUAUACAGCAAGCCAAUACAGAUUCGUUACACUAACUCUCUGACCAUACAACCUCAAGAGCUGUAAACUGUGUCUACCGGUGAAAUGUUUUUGAAGGGGAAUUGUAUCGAGAAGGCGAGGAAGAUAAAAGGCUGACAAAUAUGGAAGACUGGGAUUGGGAAAAGAGUUGACAGGGUUCUGUGAAGUUAAAUGGAGUGAAGACUGGUGAGUCAUUUAAGCUGGAACCCAUCAAGGAAGAAGGGCUCUGCUCCAAAGUUUGAAAUUCUUAAGUACUUUGCCUUCUAUUAUAUCUACUCGCUAUGUAUUUUUUUUUUUGGCUGUAAUGUAUCGUGCAAGGCUUUAGAAGUUUGGGAUGAACAAAGCAAAACAGUUACAACAAUGUUGUUCAUUAGAAGUUCAUUGGGAUUGUAAACAAUUUGUUGACCUCAUCAAAAGAUUCUUAGGUCCA